UCACCCAAAAAUGGAAGAAAAACAAAGAGCGGCCCCUCGCUUCUCUCUCUCCUAGACCAUUCUUUCUAGCCAGUAGCCAUAUUUCUAUUGCCAACUAAUUUGUUUCUUGUUCUUCUUGCGGUCCUGUUGAUCCUCGCGUGCAUGCAACAAUGAAGCUACGGAGAUGAUCUCUUGGAGGAAUCUGCUCGAUACGAGUUAAUUUGGUUCCGAGCUGUGGCUAGCUUAGCUAGGUAGCCUGGUCGAUUGAUUGAUAUUCAGUGAUGGAUGCUCCGCUGCCAGAUAUCUAUCCCUUGACAAGCCUCCAGAUUGGGGACAUGCAGUCGUACGUCUCCCGGGCGUUCCUCUACUUUGCGCCGGUGAGCAAGAAGGUGCUCAUCCUCGUGGACAACCAGCCAUGGAUGACCAGCAAGCAGCCCAGAUCAGCCAGGAUAUGGCAGUUCAUGAUCACUAAGUACAGGACUUCUCCGUUCGUCAAUUCGAGGAGGAGCACAAACAUUGUUGUGGUGGCGGAAAACAAUGAUACAACUAAGACGAAGAAGGCGAUGCGGCGGUGGCUGGCGGUCACAGAUCCGACCCCGACGCUGAUGCACGGGUUCCUGGUGUUCGAGGUGUCGUGGCGGGACGUGCAUGGCAUCAACUACUUCAACGACCUGCUCACCGACACAUCUCUGGCUUUGGAGGCACGAUACAUCAACAAGUGGGAGUUCCACAAUGCCGAGCAAGCCGCUGGCUGCACUUCACAAUGGUUCCUUGGUCAUGCCUUGGAGACACUCUCUCUCCGGGGAUACCUCUUCCACUACCACCAUCAACAUCACCACCAUCAUCAACAUCGCAGAUCAGCAUCUGCAGAAGAAGAAGAAGGAGAAGGUCAUCAAAAUGACCUAUACAUGCCUCCUUCUCCAGUGAAACGGGAGCAUGAGGAUGUUGUUGUUAAUAAAGCCAGUAGCAGUGGCGAUGAGAAGUACUCAUUGUCCCCGACACUAAGGAGAAGGAGAAGUUGGAGGGUCAGGACUAGGUUCAGGAAGAAUCCACCUCCGGAUGAGGAGGAUGCAGAGCCAUUGUGUUGUACUUCUCCGAUACUACAGAUGCAGCGGUACAACGACAUUCUCCUCUUGUUACGGUUUCACGAUGCGUCGCUUCCAUUCAAGCUUCGGCAGAUCAUCAUGUCAGACAUCCGCCUAUUGACGUUGCUAGAGUCCGGGCUCCCAUCUUGGGUCAUCUUCUUCCAGUCAUACCCACUGCUCUGCCACCUCUACCGGCCCUGGAUGCGUCCUCUAGCUAGGAGCCUCUACAUGCUCGCCUCCCUCGUCACUGUCAUCAUCGGCUUCUACGACCUCUACAAGAAUGUGCCGCUACUCAAGUCAGCAGCGGCGCGCAUCUGUGGGCCGCUCUUUGAUUGGAUCGAGACAUGGGACAUGGUGACCCGCAUCCAAUACCUCGGCACCAUACUCUUUCUCCGCAACCUACGUAGGUUCCUGCAGGGGCUACUCACUCUACUAAACGCUGCUAGGGCGCUACUCCGUGCUGUGGUGGCACCAUUGGCCGACCUUGGGUUAUUCGAGCUAGCUAGCACGGUCGGCUUACUAGCCUCGAAUGCGUGGGAUCUUGUGGUGGACUUGGCAGAGGUCAUGUGGGCGCCCUUCGACGUGGUGCUAGACUGCACCGCCGGGGUGGUGGCAUCCAUGUGGCCAGUGUUGCAGGUUGUGGUGCUACCGGCGAGGCUCGCCGUGGCACUUGCGGGGUGCGCGGGGUCGGUGUUGUCCAACAGCUACAACUUCUUCAAGGACAUUUGGGAGACGCUUAGCAGCAUCUUCCAGCUCAAUCACAUGUCCGAGGCGCAACAAAGCACCUUUGACAUGACCACACUCAAGACAUUAUGGAAUGAUCUAUUUUCUCAGAUCUUCCGAGCGAUGAGGGGCAUACUGAAUGGAAUACUAGUCUUCUUUUACUCUUGCAAUAGGCACAGGCUCAGCAUCUCCAAUCAUGCUCGGUCAAGAUUACGCCACGUGCUUCGUAUUGCUAGAUUGGCACCACAACAUAAUUCGACAUCAUGCAACUACAACUCCACCGAGCAUAAAAAUACCAACGAGGACAUGGCUACCGAAUGUGAUGUAUGCAAAUGAUAAUCAGUAUGCCACUCUCGCGUGAAAAGGCUAGCGAAGCACUUGGGAUCCAUAAGUGGUACCAAAAAGUUAAGUGUCCAUUUUUUGAAGCAGUUGGGAUCAUUUGUAAAUAGGAUCAUAACACUGUUUAUUUCAGAAAAGGGCGUGUAUCAGGUAGACUGUAGAGAGCCCGUUUGACAUCGAGUUCUACUCUUCAGAUAGAA